UUUAUUCAGUCUCUUGCUUAAGACGACGAAUUAAUGAUCAUAUUUGGUGUUCGUGGUCUAGAUGUUUUCCCGUUGACAAAUUCACACGGUUUACGGUUAUUGAUUUUGUUGUGGAAUGAUUUCGGCUGAUUCACUGCACGUAGGAAGCGCACGGACCCGCUGCUAACUAUACAUUUAGCGUGAAGAGAUUGUGAAGAAAGGUAAAUAUUAUGACUUCGUAGUUUCAAUUACACGGUCUGUGUCUGCACUGUGUUAUAACAGAGAACCGCCAAGCAUUGGCACAGGCUCAUCAUUAUGGGAGGAAUUAAACAGGAACAUGGUGAUGCGCAGCAGCACAACCCCAAGUCCACACAUUCACCCGACCAGCCGGCAGAAGAGCCAAAGAAAAGAGGCUGGCCAAAGGGGAAAAAAAGAAAGAAGGUGCUACCAAAUGGUCCUAAAGCGCCAGUCACUGGAUAUGUAAGAUUCUUGAAUGAACGGCGAGAACUUAUGCGAGCCCAGUACCCUGAUUUACCUUUCCCAGAAAUUACCAAGAGACUUGGAGCUGAGUGGACAAGAUUAGCCCCCCACGACAAACAGCGCUAUCUUGAUGAAGCUGAACGUGAGAAAAUGCAGUAUGCUCAGGAGCUGAAAGAGUAUCAACAAACAGAGGCUUUCCAUCUCACAAAUGCCAAAAUACAAGACAAGAGAGUAAAAAAAGAAGACACCCCAUCGGCCUCUGCAACUGUUCAUUCUGGACUCUCUUUAUCAAAGGCCCCAGAACUACACAGCAGAUUUGAUGUUCCUAUUUUCACAGAGGAGUUUCUUGAUCAAAAUAAAGCUCGAGAAGCUGAACUGCGUCGUCUUCGAAAGGCAAAUAUAGAGUUUGAAGAGCAGAAUGCCGUGCUGCAGAGACACAUUAAGGAUAUGUACAAUGCCAAGGAGCGGCUGGAGGCCGAGCUGGGUCAGGAUGAGCAAAGAACUCAGGCUCUACAGAAACACCUGCAGGCUAUUAAACAAACACUGGUCAACAGUCUGUCAACAGUCCCCUUACCAGGUUCAGGUGAGACUGCAUCUCUUGGUAACUUGGAUUCAUAUUUGAGUCGUCUCAGUGGAGUCCUGGAGGGAAACCCAGAUAGACACCGUGCCUUGCUACGACAACUGUGUGAGGUUUUAUCACAUUUUGACAGUGAGAAAUUAUAAAAAGGAUUCUUUCAAGGAUCGAAAUUAUUAUUUUGUUACAAAUUGUGCCAUAAAGUUCACAUGGAUAUGCUGACCGUCACAUCACCUAUUACGUACAAAUGAGAGGAAACAGCCCAAAGCCUUUGGUGACUUUGCAGUGAAAAAAGUUGAUGCUAUACUGUCAAUUCUAGAUAUGAACAAGUGUUUAUACAGAUAAGAUAGCAGCUACUUAUUUUUUUACCAUGUACUAAAACAACCUGAUUUUUUUUUUCUUUUUUUUUAACUCAUCAAGGUUCCUUCAAGGAUAACAUUACCAACAGACAGGCUUUGGUAAACCACUGGAGAUUAUGUUAUGAUAUGUAUAAAUCCAUGCAGCAUUCUUUUUAUACAAUAAUUCCUUUCAGAUCUUAUUUGCCUUGAAAUGUCUGUAUAUAUUAUGGCUGAUUUACAGUUUACAGUUUUGUGAGAAUGCUGGAAGUAAUACUGUGAAACUGCAGUAAUAAUGUGAGCAGGGUUUAAUAAUAAUUUUGUAUUACAUUGUUUAUUAGAUUUCAGAAAAUAAUAUGGUCCUUUGCUUUUUUUUUAUCCAUUAUUACACAAUUGUUGAGCACACAUCGUAACCUUUUUUAUUUACUGGAUAGUUUUUUAAUGUAAAAUAAAACUGUUAAAGAGUGA